UUGAGCACCAGGCACCCGAGGAGGUUGCAAGUGACGAGAAAGGUCAACUGCUGAGGUCCUCCCUUUACGAUCAGAAUGGCAGAAGAGUGGGGAAAGCAGGCGUUUGCUGCCAGGCGGUACAAUGAAGAUACAACAAGAGGAUCUAUGUUCGUCUAUACAAACAGCAAUAAUACCAAAGAUCCCUUUGAGGGUCCCAACUACCACAUUGCUCCUCGGUGGGUUUACAACCUUUCAACACUGUGGAUGUUCAUCGUGGUCGCUCUAUCGGUCUUCACCAACGGUCUCGUCUUGGUGGCCACAGCAAAGUUCAAGAAACUCCAACACCCUCUGAACUGGAUCUUGGUCAAUCUUGCAAUUGCUGAUCUUGGAGAGACCGUUUUUGCCAGUACCAUCAGUGUGUGCAACCAGUUUUUUGGUUACUUCAUUCUGGGCCACCCGAUGUGCGUCUUCGAGGGCUACGUCGUCUCAGUCUGUGGUAUCACCGCUCUCUGGUCCCUGACUAUCAUCUCCUGGGAGAGAUGGAUAGUUGUGUGCAAACCUUUCGGAAACGUCAAGUUUGAUGCCAAAUGGGCAACGGCUGGAAUAGUGUUCUCCUGGAUAUGGUCUGCCGUCUGGUGUGCUCCCCCAAUCUUUGGAUGGAGCAGGUACUGGCCUCAUGGACUAAAGACUUCCUGCGGACCAGAUGUAUUCAGUGGAAGUGAAGACCCUGGAGUCCAGUCCUACAUGAUUGUUCUCAUGAUCACAUGCUGUCUCAUUCCUCUGGCCAUCAUCAUAUUGUGCUACCUUGCAGUCUGGUUGGCUAUCCGUGCUGUGGCCAUGCAGCAGAAGGAAUCAGAGUCAACUCAAAAAGCUGAAAGAGACGUAUCCAGAAUGGUCGUUGUCAUGAUUGUGGCAUAUAUUGUCUGCUGGGGACCGUACACAACUUUUGCCUGCUUUGCUGCGGCUAACCCUGGAUAUGCCUUCCAUCCUCUGGCUGCUGCCAUGCCUGCAUACUUUGCCAAGAGCGCCACCAUCUACAACCCAGUUAUCUAUGUCUUUAUGAACCGGCAGUUCCGUUCAUGUAUCAUGCAGCUCUUUGGCAAAGAAGUGGACGAUGGCUCUGAAGUAUCUACAUCAAAGACAGAGGUCUCCUCUGUGGCUCCUGCAUAAAGCUGAUAUUCUCCUUUUGGGGGAAAAUGAGAACCAUUGUGAUUUGUACAGUAUAUAUAUGUAUUGUUUAAUUUAUCUUUUUUUUUUUUUUAGUAAAUAUAGCUUUCUGGCAAAAGACAAAAAUCAAAUAAAAAAAAUACAUAAAGCAAAUGAAGCAUUAAAUGACCGGUCUUUUUUCAGAUGAGCUUAACUAUGAAGCAAAGUGAAAGUUUCCCGUUUGGUUUUAAAAAAAAAUUACUUCCACUGCAGAGAUCAUGUGAGAGUCAUAUGUUACUAUAUGUGACUUUACAAACAUUUUAAGGUCACAAAAACAUAAAAAAUAGAAGCAACUUGAGGGUUGACAUAGUAUUUUGGAUAUUUUUAAGAUAACUAGUUUCAUAAGCAAAACUAACAAAUCAUUUAUUCUCAGUUUAUAUAUCUUUACUUACCUGAUUUCUGUUUGAAAUUUGCUCUCAAAACAGUUUGCAUAAUAAAGGCACAGAUCUACCUUCAUA